AUGAGAGAAACCCAGGGAGGUGUUGCGCUUCCUCCAUCACCUGAGAAGAUCCAGAGCAAGUUCGACCUUUCAAUCGCCCUCUCUCUCUCUACAUGGCCUGCUCUCACUCUCGCUGUCCAGAACUCAUGGGGUGGCCCUGAUUCUUCGGAGAAGCGGGACUGGUUUGCAGGAGCAAUUUCCGACCUGAUAUCUACUACACCAGAUGCCGACGUUGAAUAUGUCGAGGAAUUUCUGCUUCAGGUCAUGAACGAUGAAUUUGAUGUCAACGUUGAAGAUGGCAGUGGGGAAGAGAUCUCCGCGAAGAUCAUUGGUUUGAGGAAAUUGACUCUGCAAGGGGAUUUCGCCAUGGUGGAUGAGAUGUAUUCGAAAUGGCAGGAGAGGCAGGGCAGGGGUAGUGGUGAGAGGAUCAACUUUCACCAUUUCUCUAGGGAUGACCAUGAAGAUGAAACCGAUUGGGAUAGUGAUGGUAUCGACGAGGACGACGACAACGAUGAUGUCGAAAUGGGAGAAGCACCUGCGCUGGUGAAGACUCCCAAGGAGAAGGUCCAACCUAAGGUCGAUGAGGAGGGAUUUACAGAGGUGGUAGGCAGGAAGAGGAGAUAG